UUAGGCAAAGAAGAGUGAGGCAUUCACAGAUAGAAAAAUAGUCUGUGAGGAAAAAUAGAGAGUGUGAGCGAUAUUGUACUGAGGUGGAAAAUCUUAAAAGAGGGUAAUUUCUUUUGAGUGUGUAGUGGUCUUUGGAGUAUUUCACUCACACCUACAAAGUGUAAAAUCCUUACUAUAGUGAUAUCAGUUGCUCCUCUCGGCCUGUGGUUUUUCCCUUUUGGGUUUCCAUAUAAAAAUCUUGGUGUCAUUAUCGCUCUUUUUUAUUCUUGUUGAUUAACCAUAUCACGGCGCUACAUUAUUAUUCCGCUGUAAAUACCGUGAAUAUUAUUUCUGUGGGGGGUUUAUUCCCAACAGAAAGUGUAUAUUGUUGCAUCAUCCAAUGGUUUUCUUCUCUGCAGAAAACAUAGACAUAAGCAGAGAGUUUAUUAUAUUUACAAUCCUGCGACGAGGCAACAUUUGGCUCUCCCUAAAACUCAAAUCUGCAUGGAGAACGACCAAGCUAUUGGAUUUACUUGUAAAGUAGAUGACCCUGAUAAUGAUGUCAUAUCCUUUACUAUGGUUCACUAUGCAAUACCUCGCCGUUGGGAUGAGUUACAGUACACUGUAACGAUUGAAAUUUUCUCUUCUGAGACUAAUGUGUGGGAUGCCCAUGAUCUAAUUCUUGAUGUACCUCUCAGUUUGUACCCUUUUGAUUGGGAUUCAUCAUCAUCAUCAUCAGCAGCAGCAGCUGGUGUCAUCGAAGGAGCAUUCUGUUGGCUCGAUCAGUUUGGAAGACAGAUCACCGUUUAUGAUAGUAUCUAUAAGUGUUUCUGGGCUUUGGAUUUUCCUGAAGAGAUGGUGGAGGGUCUCAAUUGUUUUCUUGGAUUAUCUGGUGGGGCUCUCUAUUUUACAUUGAAUUGUGGGGAUGCCAUCACUGUGUGGCGUCUCGAGAUCCAUAUUCGUAAUCGAGAUGCAGUAUGGAUUAGGAAGUAUGAUGCAAAUGUUGCAGCUACAGUAUGCAGUGUCCGGAGGCCUUUGGACUUGGAGGCGACACUCUUCGUGUCAAGGCGCUUGGGCGUACAGGCUCUCUUCGUGUUGAGGUGCAGAACAUGGUUAUUCAUCCUGUUGUUCCCCACAUCUUUUAUUUGGAUAUAAGAGGCAAGGUUAUUUCUUACGACUUGGAAAUGGAUAUUGCUCAACUUGUGUAUGAUAUUGGAGAACCUUGGCGCAGAACACGACACUACAAAUUAUUUGCUUAUGAGUGGCAUCGAUGGCCACGACUUCUUUAGAUUAUCAAUUAGUGGUGUUGGCUAUUACCUAUUAAUUUGUGUUUC